UAAGGAAAAAACAAAUAAUGAACAGAGGGAAUAGCUAUAAACUAAACUAUGGCUGAUGGGUUGGAAAACGGUGAUUCGAUGAAUCGGUAUCUAACGUUAUCCAUUGCAGCACACUACUGAAAAGAUUCCUCGUUCGCACUUCCUGUUUUUUACCGGUUAGGACAGAAGAUGAGUUUGAGGCUUAAUGAAUUAUGGCUGCUACUCCAGCUUUUCCUCCUCUUCAACUUCAUUUAACCAAACCCAAAUCAGCAGCAUUCCUUUUAAAACCUUAUGGGAUAUAUAAGUUUGGAAUAGUAAAAUGUGGGUCAUCGUCUGACGGGAGAGAGCCUGACUCAGUUGACAAUGGUGUUAAAAGUAACGAACUUUUGCGUAAAGGGAAACGCCGGGCUGAGUUGUCUGCUAGGAUUGCUUCCGGAGAAUUCACUGUUCAGAAAUCUGGUUUUCCUUCUCUAUUGGGGAAUGGUUUGUUGAAACUAGGUGUUCCUAUUGAGGUUCUUGAAUUUUUGUUUAAAUGGGUUGAUGAUGGUGGAGAUUAUCCUAAGAUUCCAGAGGCGAAAGGGACCAUCAAGGCCAUCCGGAGUGAGGCCUUCUUUCUACCUUUAUAUGAGCUGUAUCUCACUUAUGGUGGGAUUUUCAGGCUAACCAUUGGACCAAAGUCCUUUUUGAUUGUAUCUGAUCCUUCCAUUGCUAAGCAUAUACUGAGGGACAACUCGAAGUCUUAUUCAAAGGGUGUAUUAGCAGAAAUUUUGGAAUUUGUCAUGGGCAAGGGACUCAUUCCUGCUGAUGGUGAGAUAUGGCGUGUUAGAAGACGUGCUAUAGUCCCAGCACUGCAUCAAAAGUAUGUAGCAGCUAUGAUUAGCCUUUUUGGACAAGCUACUGAGAGGCUUUGCGAGAAACUAGAUGAUGCCGCAACUGAUGGGGAAGAUGUAGAAAUGGAAUCACUUUUCUCCCAUCUGACGUUGGACAUUAUUGGAAAGGCAGUCUUUAAUUACGAUUUUGAUUCAUUAACAAAUGAUACCGGAAUAGUUGAGGCUGUUUACACUGUUUUGCGGGAAGCAGAAGAUCGAAGUGUCUCACCAAUUCCAACCUGGGAGAUCCCUAUUUGGAAAGACAUUUCACCACGACAAAGGAAGGUUGCAGAAGCGCUCAAAUUGAUUAAUGAUGUACUUGAUGAUCUAAUUGCGACAUGCAAGAGGAUGGUGGAAGAAGAAGAGCUACAGUUUCAUGAGGAGUACAUGAAUGAACAAGAUCCUAGUAUUCUUCACUUCCUGCUGGCAUCGGGAGACGAUGUUUCUAGUAAGCAACUCCGUGAUGAUCUAAUGACACUGCUUAUAGCUGGGCAUGAAACAUCAGCUGCUGUUUUGACAUGGACCUUCUAUCUUUUAUCAAAGGAACCUAGUGUUGUAUCCAAGCUCCAGGAUGAGGUUGACUCUGUUCUAGGCGAUCGAUUUCCAACAAUAGGUGACAUGAAGAAACUCAAGUAUACUACUAGAGUUAUUAAUGAAUCUUUGAGGCUAUUCCCGCAGCCACCUGUCUUAAUUCGUCGUUCUCUUGAGGAUGAUGUGCUUGGAAAGUACCCAAUAAAAAGGGGUGAAGAUAUUUUUAUCUCUGUUUGGAAUCUGCAUCAUAGUCCAAGUCUCUGGGAAGAUCCUGAGAAGUUCAAUCCUGAAAGAUGGCCUUUAGAUGGAUCGAAUCCUAAUGAAACGAACCAAAAUUUCUGUUACUUGCCCUUUGGUGGAGGACCUCGGAAAUGUGUAGGAGACAUGUUCGCAUCUUUUGAGAAUGUUGUAGCAGUUGCAAUGCUUGUUCGACGAUUUAACUUUCAAAUGGCGCUUGGAGCUCCUCCAGUUGAGAUGACUACUGGAGCAACUAUCCACACAACAGAGGGGCUGAAGAUGACAGUUACAAGAAGAAUACAGCCCCCAAUUAUCCCUGAACUAGACAUGCAGGGAUUAAAGAUGGAAGCAUCUGCCAGAAAUUCUGAAGAAGAGACCCAACUGGGUGAGAAAGGUGAAGUUUCUCAAGCUCAUUCAUAACUACGAUAGAUUGCUACAUUUAGCUUCAUUACACAACGCAUAUGUAUCGUGGAAAAGUAAUGUUGGAGGACAGAAACACUGGGAGAAAUUAAGUAUGCUUCCCCUUCAGUCGCUGUUUAAUGCUAUCAGAAUAAUCAAUUACUCUAUAACUUAUUUUUUAUUUUUCAGGCAAAUUGUAAAUUAUUGUUUAAGAAGUACUGGUAUUGUCAUCAUGCAAUAAAGUUCUUAAAGAUGUAUUUGGGUU